GCAUAACCCUUGGCAUCGCAUCACUCCGCCAUUGCUACUCCGCCUGAACUUCAAAACCCUAGAUAAAUAAUCUCAGACGAAGCUCCAUAAACGUCGACAUAAGGUCCUUCGCAAUCAAAGACGGAAAUUAGUAUAUGUUACAUGGUCCAUAAUCCGGUUUCAGAAAGGGGAUAAAGUGCAAGAUGCCACUUUAUGAUUGUAUGCUAUUGCUGAAGCCUCAUGUGAGAAAAGAAUCAGUUGUAGAAUUGGUUUCUCGAGUUGGGAAACAUGUAUAUCGAAGAAAUGGUGUUAUCACUGAUCUAAAAUCGCAUGGGACUGUUCAGUUGGGUUAUGGUAUUAAGAAGCUUGAUGGCAGAUACUAUCAGGGUCAAAUGAUGCAAAUGACAAUGAUGACCCCACCAAGCUUUAACAGUGAGCUCCAUUAUCUGAACAAGGAAGACCGCCUCUUACGCUGGCUGUUGGUCAAGCACCGAGACAUCAAAUUUGGCGGGGAGUUUCUGAGUGAAGAUGACGGUAGAAGUGACCUGAGAAUGAUGAGAAGCAGUAUUUAUGACAUGAAUAGUGAAGAUGAAGAUGACGAUGAUGAGGAAGCAUACGACAUAGAGUACCAAGAACAGAAGAAAGACGUCUGAAAUCGGCUGAGAUUAUGUAGUAAGUUGAUCCUUCCGCUUGCCAAGUUUCAUUUAAAGAACGUCUUUAUUUGGUAAAUUUUAGGUCAAAUAAAACCAUUUGUUGGAAGACAUUAGAUAUCGGAAAAGGGAAACCAGUUUUUCGGGUUUCUGUGUUGUUUGUAUGUUUGAUAGUAAGCUGAUUCAUGUCAUAUGAAUGUUGC